UUGUCAAAAUAUUUUUGUUUCAAUAUUUUUUCCGUUUUCUUUAUUGAAAUUUUGAAACGUCUUGGUCUUCACAAAUUUUAUGUUUUAAAUUUUUGUUUGUGCGCCACCUCGUCCUAUUCCGAACGGCGCUAGCAGCCAGCCAUUUGGGCCAUGUUUGACUUCGAUGGGCAGCGCAGAGAGUCGACCUGAAGAAAAACCACCAUCAGACAUGUCGGCACGUCGUAAGAGUGCCUGUAAAAGUGCCAGCGAUAAUGGCAGCGACAGUAGCAGCUGCUGUUGCAACGACAAUCAAGAACUCGACAAUGGAAGUCGAAGUGAGACAAACAAUGCACCCAGCUGUUCGCUCCAACCAACCUGUUGUCCGUAUCCCGAGUUCACGCUGUCUACCAGCGGCAUUUGCUAUGUACAAUGCAAGUUUUGCUGUCAAAUGUAUCCCUGUUGUUGCGCCGAGUGUCCAAAUUGUGGCGGUAGACCAGGCAAGACGAGCAAAGAGGUCGAAAUACCCGAUAUAGCGUUUUGUCCUUGCUGCGGUCAGGAGUCGCCCAAGGCCAAUGGGCUACAGAAUUUCUGCAAACCGACUCCGUGUUGCAUGUGCAUUGACACUUGCGCGGAACGUGAACUAAUCGCCAAGUGCUUACUGCGCUCUUUUAGACAGGCGCGUGGCGAGAGACGCAAAAGUUGUUGCGAGUGCCAGCCAGAACAAGAGGAAGACAACGGUAAAGGAACUAAGGAUCGAGAUAAGAGUGAGCGCUUUCGUUAUCCCGCCUAUAAAUCAGCAGUACCAUGCACAUGCGAGUCCGAUGAAGACGCCGCUGACAGCUCACAGCCAGAGCACGUAAAGGAUUGUUGUUGUGAGCGGCAUAAGACAUCGGAGCGUCAAUGUGAAGCGAAUCAUAAACGAACACAGCAAAGACAAAGUCGGGAUACGCGUGAACAGUGCUGUAAAGCCGAACGUAAACGAAGUGGGUUACAACCAGAGGGCGCAGAGGAUUGUUGUUGUGAGCGGCAUAAGUCGUCGGAGCGUCCAUGUGAACCGAAUUCGUGCGAAAAUUAUAAACGAACGCAGCAAAGACAAAGUCGGUGUACGCGUGCGCAGUGCUGUAAAGCCGAACGUCAACGAAGUGUUGAGAGUUGUACUUGUAGUCAAUGUGAAUCGAAUUCGUGCGCCAAUCAAAGACGAACGCAACAAAAACAAAGUCGGUGUACGCGUGCGCAGUGCUGUAAAGCCAAACGUCAACGAAGUGUUGAGAGUUGUACUUGUAGUCAAUGUGAAUCGAAUUCGUGCGCCAAUCAAAGGCGAACGCAACAAAAACAAUGUCGGGGUACGCGUACGCAGUGCUGUAAAGCCAAACGUCAACGAAGUGUUCAGUGUUGUGCUUGUAAUAGUAGAGGACAAAGACAGAACUAUGGAGAUUAUCCGUCUGUAGCCCAUUGUCCAUGUGGUUGUGAAGUCGAAAUAAAGAAUAUAACCUACAGUCUGCCGGUUUGCCGAUUAGAUGAUGAAGAUGACGAUAAUGGAUGCUGUUGCUGUAACAAAUAAGUGGCGAAAGCGACCUUCGGGUCUAGGAAGACACUCUAUCGAGAGGUACCAAUGCCUCAAAACAGCAAAAAAAAAGCUUCCGAAUGCGCCUGCUGCAUUAAGUAAUGGGAUGUGGAAAAAGUCGUCCAAGCGCUCAUGACAGACGACGAAGUAGAAGUCGUGGAACGAGAGGAUCCUACGAUCAUUCCAGUCGCAGUUCGCAGCGUCAACGUUAUCCGACGAGUCGCUCGCACGAGAGAACGCGCGCGUCAUCACUUAAACAACCGCAGAAACCAUGCUGUUGUCACACUGUAAAUCUCUCGUCUUAUCAAUAUCCAGAACAACAAUGUAAAUGCCAAAAACAACGACAAGCGCAGUUGCAACCGCAGUCUUAUACAGACCUUUCCGAUACACUCUCGCAAUAUUCGUACGCAUCGGAAAUGCCGUCGUCCAGGUCUACUUGCUGUUGUCAAUCUACUCAAGGUAAUGCAGGCAGUGAGAGCGAUUGUGAUUGUGACGAUGUGGUACAACGUGGUGGUGAUGCUGGUUGCAAAACUGUUGUGUGUCUCACUUUCAACCCGCCGCGAAAGAAUAGAAACUAGUAAAUAGCGAUUGUAGCGGGGGAAAGUGGCAGAAGUUCGACUUUGUCUAUCCAUGCUCGCCAAUGACAAGCUGCAGAAAUCACAAGAAACGAGGUGCUGGCCUUAUAAGAAAAGGUUCAAGAAAUCAUAACGAAAUAUUAACAAAGCAACACUGCAUGCGGAAAUCACUUCCAUCUUAUAUAUUUACUAUCAAAACUACCGAUUUAAAGCGUUGCUCAUCGAAGUGGAAUUCUGUUCCAGCAGCAACUCUUUAUAACGGUACUUUUGUGGUAAAUUUAUUGAAGCGCCCAUAUUUUAUCGAACCCCGGGAAGACGAUAAUUUCAUUAAAUUUAAGCUGUAAUCAAAUUAGACAAAAAAUAAAUACAUAAUUAUCACAUAUACACACAGAUCAGAAUUAA